AUGGAUAACCAAACGCAGAAAGCUACAGACACGACCGCGGAUGAAACAAAAACAAUAAUAGUAAAUAAUAAUGAAAGUGCAAACGAAGUGUCGGAGAAUGAUAACGCUGGACCGUCAUCGGUGAAUGAAUUACCGGGAUCCGUACCAACGGUUCACAAAACUGGAGUUUCCAAAUCAGAGCACAACAUCCGCCAAAUAGUAACAGUCAAAGAUGUAUCGAACGCUUUGAAAUCGAUUAGCUUCAACCCAAACGCAGACUCUAGAGCAAAUAAUGAAAUUUUAUCAAAGGACGAUCCGGCGACUUUUGUUGAUUUAAAGAAUUUUAUGGCUUCAUGCUUUAAAGGAAUAAGCGAGAAUGUAGUCGUUGCUGAUAUACCAAAUGUACACGCUGUUACCAGAAUCCAAAACGACACCCAAGUCUUAGCGCCCUUGAAUAACAACGAUGCUCGAACCAACGAAAUCAUACCAAAUGAAGUCAUAGUAACUGCAAAAACCGAAAAUAAGCUGUCGAAACUUGGUACCGAUAAGAAGAAAACUUCUGGUGGCCUAUCGGAAAGAUCUGAUUUGGUUUUGGCACAAAGAGACUCCAUUUCGAGUAUUGGUUCAAACGUUUGCAGAAUUUGUAUGACUCGCGGACGGGAAAGGCUAAUCUCACCUUGCAACUGCAAAGGAUCCCUGGCAAACGUACAUUUGACUUGUCUUGAAAGAUGGCUGAACCAAGUGGGGAGAAAUCAUUGUGAGCUGUGUGGUUUUAGCUAUCCGGCAAUUCGGACCCCCCGUUACACGGUGCUACAAGCGCUCAGGCUGUGGUUCGGCAAUCCGCGCAAUCGAAGCCAUUUGCAGUCUGACUGCCUCAUCUUUUGGCUCCUGUCGACUGUUACGGCCGGUCUGCUGGCCGUGUGCAUCGUGGGAACUCAGUAUUUUGUUAUCGAGGGUAACAAAUUUGGUAAGCUCGACGCUGGUAGGAAGCAGGAAGGUAUUUCACAUCGCAUCACAGAGACCGCAAUGGACUUUUUUAUGGCAAUUGUGUUGUGUGGAUACUCUGUGACCGUUUAUCUUCUGUGGAAAGAUCAUUACAUCAUGUGGAACAGAUGGAGGAGAGCCAAUGUCAAUGUCAGAUUACUACUGACCCCGGAUUCGAACCCUGUGCCUUUCGUACCUAGAAAUAGAUAUAUCGUUUGA